CAUCGUUUCUCCCUGUCUGAGGUGCGAUACCACAAGUGGCUCUCUCGCCCACCUGCACAACCACCAACGCACACCAUCGCACGAGCUCGUACCAGGGAAUGGCUUCGCCUUGACUCUGCUUCCAAUACUGCGCACACAAGCCAGUCCGAGCUGCUGAGCCACUCUGAAUCGACUUCAGUGUCUCGCCUCCCAAAUGCUACUCUCAGAUUGUGUCAGUCGCGAGCACAAAGGCAUUUGCAGCUUCACGCCUCCACUGUCUCUAAAGUCGGGACUGAUCAAGCCGUCAGUCAUGACCAUGAAACCACCAGUGUGAACCCACUUGGAUCACUAUUGGUUUCUUCCUCAGCUUUUUCACCGCCAAUAUCACAAUCAUCCUCUGAACAAUCACCUAAGAGUGUUAACCCGCGUUCUGUGGGUCUCAUAGCUUCUGACAAUGAGGUGACUUUCUCAUAA